AUGUCCGGAAGCACCACACGUCUACUCCGACUCUUGCGUCCCGAGAACCGCUCUCCUCUCUCUUCGCCAUGCCGUCCGUCUGCACCAGCUGCUCCCCUCUCCUUAACCAGCGCCCGGCUCAAACACUCUGAUACUCCCACCUCAAAACCAGAUCCGCCCACCCCUCCCAAGCGUCUCUCGUCCCGUUCACAGGCUGCCACGACCUCUCUUCGCCGCGUUGCUCUCGAAGCCCAGCGUUCUCGCGAGUCGUUGAUCCGUCGCAGCGGAAAGCACCGCUUCGUAGAUCCCAAUGUCUAUACAAACCAAGUCACAGCUUAUUGUGCUGCUGAACAAUACAACAUCUUUACUGCAACCCGCUUGAUCCAGCGUCAAGGCUAUCAUGUUGAUCCUUUUACCACUGGACUGUACCCCCAAGUUGUCCAUUUCCAGAUCCCAAACCAUGUCACCCAGAACGAGCCCAACCAAGAGCGCUCAGAAGGGCCUGGCGAUAUCUUUGUCUUCCCUUCGGGGUCGCUCGUAUGCUGGAACGUCCCUGAACCUGUCCAGCUUGAUCUAGUCCAUCGCGUUCUCCUCCCCGCUGCUGAGAACCCACACUUGGACCGUAUUGAGAUCGAGGACCUUGCAUACAUCGAGGACUCUUCGCAUCAUACUAGUGAAAUAAUAGGCGACACCAUCAUUCUUGGUACAAAGACCUCAAAUGAAGCCUGUGCUGCUUCUUCAGACCCUCCUCCUUCGCCGGACAUAGAUACCGUCCUUGCCAAAGUCGCCUUCUCCUCGGGUCUAGCCCGCUCCACCAAACUUGCUGUACUCGAAGACCUGUUAUCCUCGUAUUUCUCCAGUACUCGCUCCAUACCCACCAUUCUCUCACGCGGUUCGCCCUUGCGCUUCUCGAGAUCAUUCAUACUGCGCAAGACGGGCGAGCUUCUGUCCAUCCGAGCACAGUUGAACCUCUAUUCUGAACUCACUGACAGCCUGCCAGACAUCUUUUGGGACAGUCCCUCUUCUCUCGGCUUGAGUGCCUACUAUGACGAGGUUGGACGUGCCUUGGAUGUCGGUGUGCGUAUCAAAGUUCUGAAUGAGAGAAUGGACUAUGCCGGAGAGAUUGCUAGCGUGCUGCGAGAGAGACUGAGUGAGAAGCACUCGACAGGCUUGGAAUGGCUCAUUAUAUUCCUUAUUAGUAUUGAGGUUGGCUUCGAGUUGUGGCGUAUAUGGAGAGAGAGGCAAGAAAAGCUCGACCCCACCAACACUGAAGCCCUCUUGCGAAGUGUCCUGUUGCAACGUCUGCAGCAGUAUCCUGAUAUCGAAGCUCUGUGA